CCAGUUAUCUUUCAGCCCGUUCCUUACCUCAUCCCUCCCUCGCUCCAGAUUCACAUCAACCUCUGCUCCCCGAUCUAUUCGGUCGAUCGACUCACCGCACCCUCCCGCUCUUCGUGCUAUCCUGAUUUAGCGUCCCAUCAGACUUUAGACCCUCUCCGCUUGCGAAUCGCAACCACGAAUCAAGCUUCCCGCUCUUCGAUAACGAGUCAAACUUGCAUGGAUUACGUCCCGUCCCGUCCCGUCCCAUCCAUCACGAUCCGAGCAAGUCUCUCGCAAUCGGUUGACGACGCACGGCGGGAGGGAUCUAUCGUCAGAAUUGUACGCGAAUAAAUCACGACCGACACGGUAUCCCGCCAAUCUCGCCUAGAAUUGUUCUUAGCCUCCUCGCGUCGUCGUCGGAGGUUCCGAGGGCCCCGCGUCAGCCUGAUGGAUGCACCUCGCAUCCCGCCGUGCGUUUAGGCCCGAGAUCCACAACCCCCUCUCUCUUGUCGAGCCGAUCAAUCAUCUCUCGGGAUCGUUCCUGAGGAAAAGAGCCUCUCUCGCUCACAUCCUCGUGUUUCCGUGUGUCUCCGUGUGCCUCCGCUUCCCCUGAUCUGCAGCUCCUCGCCACACCCCCGCUUCCCCGUUCGAACUCCCUCUCCGUCCCUUCUAUCCCGUCUUGCACCCUCUUUUUCCCACCCUCGCGUCGCUUCUCACUCGCCAGUUCACCAGUCAGUCUCCUCGCUCUUGAUCCGAGAAGAAAAUUAGACGCAGGAGCUCUCAGCGUCCGUGUCUCCUCGCUUCCGCCUCCCGGCUCUUUCCACCACCGCUAGUACUGGUAGUAAUCACCGCGGACGAUGUUACCUCGCAGCGCUCGGCCUCGGAGGCAUGGCAAGUUCGCUGCUCCACGUGGCCCCGCGUGAAGCCGCCGCCAGGAUAGGAGCCUGCGCCGCCGCCUCUGGAUCGACGACGACGACGACGGGAGCGCCGCUGCGUGCCGCGGAGCAAGUGGAAUUCUCCUCUCGCUCCAAGAGCGCCGACAAGAGCGCCGCUUUGCUGGGACACGCCGUGGCUGCGGGAGCGACCGCAUCGGGGGGAGCAGCAGUAGCAGCGGUGGCAGCAACCGCGACGUCCUCCGGAUUUUCUGGGAGCCGAAUCUUCUUAGGGAGUAGUGGAUUAGGCUAUAGCACAAGCGGCGCCGUUAACGCCGGGAGCAACAUCUACAGCAACAGCAGUAGUACUAACUCCUCUCUUUCUGUGAGUCAGGGAGUCGAUGCGUCGAGCGCCGAUUGUGGCGAAUUGGUCUUGGGCCCUUCAACCACCGUGACAGCGUCGUCGACACAAGAGCAGCAGCAGCAGCAGCAGCAGCAACAGCGACGGGAGCGUGACUUGUACGACACGGCAAGGCCGAUCUUACGGAAGAGUGGCGCCGUGGCGCCAGAAUUGCCAGAUCUUGGCACGGUAAUGAUGCUGGGCGGAGGUGGGUCUGGAGCAGGUGGUUCCGGUACUGGCGGCAGCAGCAGCAGUAACCAAGGGCAAUUACAGGCGACUGCGCCCAGCAAUCGCGGCGUCACCAGCCCGGAACCCGCGAAACCGUUUCAGCCUUCCAGCCUGGAGGCGUCUGCGGCGUCUGCGUCGUCGGCGUCGUCGGCGAAAUCGUCGCCAGAUGCCGGAUCUACGACUCGAACGACGGCUUCUUCUACCGCCGCCGCAGCAGCAUCAGCUUCAGCUGCUUCAGCAGCGGCAGCAGCAGUUGUACAAGACGUGGGGGAGCGUGACGGUGACUAUGAGCGGCACAUGGCCGCCGGUCCGCAGGACGUGGAGCAAACGGUGACGUGGCAGUUGGAGCGGCUGGAUCUGGGAUCGGAUCUGGGAUCGGAUCUCAGAUCUCGAUUCGCCCAUUGCUCCGCCGCAGCAGCCUCGUCCUCCCCCUCUCCGUCCCUCGCCCACUCUCACUCCCUCUAUCUGCCCAUGCCCACGGGUCCCUCCUACGCUGUGCCCCAUGGUAUGACCGAGAGCGCCGGUUUUGGGGCCGCUUUUGCAGGCAAUCUUGGGGGUUUUGGGAGUGGGUUGGAGGCCAAGGAAGGGUUUGUGGGGGGGAGGGGUAUGCGGGGAGGUGGAAGCGGAACGAGGGGGGAGUUUGGGGAGGCAUGGCUUGGCGGAUUGCGCACAGAGACAGUUGGCAGUAGCGGUGGCCGGCUGGAAGGUGGGGGGAGGUUCUUGGAAGGUGAGGAGGGCGGCUUCUUUGCUCCCACGAACAGUAGAAGGAUGAUGAGCGAUGUUGGCGUUGGCGCUGGUGCUGCUGGUGUUGGUGCUGGUGUUGGCACCAUUGAUGCUGCUGGCGUGGAUGUUGGAGGCCGGGGGCGUGGAUUCUCUUCAGGAGCUGACGUGUUUGAUUGGCCUGGUAAGCUGGACAAGCUCAGCGCGUACGGGAGCAGGCCCGGUGGUUCUGCCCUUGGAUCGUCUUCAUUCUCUUACCCAUUUUCCACUUCUGCUGCUGCUGCUGCUGCUGCUGGCGCUGGUGCUGCUGGUGCUGCUGGUGCUGCUGGUGCUGCUGGUGCUGGAGAGCGGUCAGCGUCCAGGCUGGCUUCCUUGAUGGGAUCUGACAUGAGCUCACGAGCUGCAGGUUUCCUCCAGCAGCAGGCGGCGGAGGAGCAGCAGCAGCAGCAGCAGCAGCACCUGCAACAGCAGAAACAGUUGCAGCAGCAGCAGCGGCAGCAGCAGCAGCCUCCGCUGUCGCUGCAGCACCAGUGGCAGCAGGCACAGCAGGACACAACAUCGCAGUCACUACAGGACCAGCCGCCGCUAGACGCAGCACAGGCGCAGGCGCAGGCGCAAGGGCAAGCGCAGGGGCCAGGGGGCAGAGCAGCAGCUGCGCCGGGGGGGCAGCAGCAGCAGCCGGAGAACCGGCGGCGCUUGGCGCGGGGCCCUCGCAGCGACGGGUCCGUGGAUCUGGAGCCCAUGUACACAGAGGACCACCGGGUACUCAAAGUGGAGCGGUCGGAGGACGGCCGAGAGGCGUACGUGUGGGUGACGCUGCUCGCCGCUGGGUUUGUGAUUGGCUCAUCGGGCGCCGCUGCGCGGCAGAUCGGGCACGUGACGGGGGCGAUCGUGCAGUCGUGGACGGAGGCCGCUAGCGGGAUCGAGGGCAUGGAAGGCGAGGAGAUCCGACGGUUCAGGAUCCAGGGGAAGAAGGAGAAGGUGGAAAGGGUGAUCAAUCUGAUUCAUGACGCAGUAGAUAAGUAUAAGGAGCUGUGUGAGAGGAAGAGGGAGGGGCAGUUUGUUCUUAGGGAGCAUAGGAUCGAUGGCGUGGAUUUCCAGUACCAGCCUCCGCCUAGGAAGGCGCUGCAGAAUAGGGGCAUGCCUGGGGGCGGUGGGGGCGGUGGGGCGUCUAGGAGUCCCCCGGAGGGAGGAGGUGGCGGCGGCGGUGGUAUGGGUAUGGGAAUGGGCAGGGGGGGAGGGGGAGGGGGGAGGGGAGCGGAAGGUGCUGAGAUGCGGGCACAGCUGUUGGCGAGUGUGGUGGAGGGGCGUAUGAUGGGCCGGCGCGGGCCGAUGGGGGGGGGUAUGGGGGGGUUGGAUGAGGCGAGUUUGCUAGAUCUGAAGCAGCAGAUGUACUAUGAGCGCCUGGAGGAGCGGACGCUGUUCCUGCUGUGGCAGCUGCAGCAGCAGAAGCUGCAGGCAGAGAGGCAGCAGCAGGAGCAGCAGCAGCAGCUGAGCCACCAGCAGCAGCAGAUCUGGCAGAACCUGAGGCAGAGAGGAGAGGGAGAGGCCUUCCGGGAAGGUGCGGUGAGUAGCAGCUUUGGCAUGGGCAUGGGGGGUGUGGGAGGUAUGGGUGGAAUGGGUGGGGGUCCCAUGGGGCUUAUGGGCCCUGUCAGGGGGGAGAUGGUGGGUGCUGGCAUGGAGACAGGGACAGGAAUAGAACAGGGCAUGGGCAUGGGGGUGGGUCUUCCAGGAGGAGGGAGGGGGAGGUGGGAAGACGUGGGGCGGUUGAGGGGCGAGGAGGAAGCGAGGGGGUUUGGAGGGGGGGAAGUGAGGGGGCCGAAUAUGUAUGGGGAGGGAGGGAGAGGGCAGGUGGAGGAGGAUAGGAAGGCGGUUGCGGUGAGGGAGGCGAUGAGAGAGAAGGUUAGGAAGGCCAUUGAGGAAAGGAUGGUUGGGGUGGGAGUUGUAGGGGAUCCGAGUGCUCCUGCUGCUGCUUCUGGUGGCGGUGGUGGUGGUGGCAGCGGCGGUGGUGGUGGUGGUGGGCAAAUGGGGCAGUGGGCACGCAGCAUGCUUGAGCAAGAGUUACUGGAGAAUUGGCUUGAACAACAGCAGCAGCAGCAGCAGCAGCAGCAGCAGCAGCAGCAGCAGCAGCAACUGCAGCACCAGCAGCAUCAGCAACAGCAGCUGCAGCACCAACGGCAGCAACAGCAACAGCAGCUGCUGCUGCUGCAGCAGCAUCAGCGCGUUUCACCCCUUCCUAACCAUGCGAGCGGGCGGAAUGACAGCCCGCACCAUCACCACCUGCAUCAAUACCCCAUGCCUCCUUCCCACCCAUCCCACCCUCCCUUGGGCCUGUCCAUGCAACCCCCUGCGCCAAGCAUGGGUCCAGGCGUUGCUGCUGGCAGGGCGCAUCACGCCCCUCCUCCGUUUCAAAGCAGGCACUUGUCCCUUGAAGGAAUGGUGUCUGCCUCACCCACCACCUCGCCUGCCCCGCCUCUCUCCCUACCGCACAACCCUUCAUUCAUCGACGGCUCAGCAGCAAUGCUGGGUUGCCCCUGCCGCCCCUCCUCUGUGUGGACGGCAGCGCUGCAAGCAGGUCAACCACUCGCCCAUGCUCCCAGCUGCCCUCGAGCAGCAGCAGUAGCAGCAGCAGCAGCACCCGGGGCAGCAGCAGUAGCAGCAGCGGCAGCGGCAGCUGCUGCUGGUGUAGGGAUGUCUGCUCCUGGGGGUCCUAGGCCGUUUGCGGCUCUGCCUGGCAGCAGCAGCAGUGGGAGCAGUAGCAGCGGCGCCGGCGCCAGCGGCGUUGGCGGCAGCAGCAGCAGCAGUGGGAUUGGGAGCGGGAGUACGGGAAGCAGUGUGGGAUCAGGGGGCAGUGGCAGCAGCAGCAAGAAUAACAGCCCCAGCACGACUGGAAGCAAUGGGCUGGGCAGCAGCAGUGCUGCUGGUACUGCUGGAGCUGCUGGUACUGCUGCUGCUGCAACGGCUGUGGCCAUGAGUGGGGGUCUUACCUGUGUGGUGUGCCAUGAGCUGCCUGUCGCCUUCAAGCUUCUGCCAUGUCAUCAUGCUGUGCUGUGCCAAGUGUGCACCAACUUCGUUGCCACGUGUCCCGUCUGUGGCAUGCCACCUCAGCGAACAGUAUCCAUAUACGACGCACCCUCUGAGCCGCCCCACUCUCGCUUUGCCUUCGCCAGCGUACCCCCCAACCCAUCUGCCCCCCUCUCCAUGCACUCCUCCCUCUCACUUCCUUCCGCCCAUCCACACUCACACUCGCACUCUCUCAUGCUCCAAUCGGGUGCUCUUCACGGGGGAGGAGGAGGUGGAGGAGGAGGAGGAGGAGGAGGAGGAGGGGGUGGGUCAGGAGAAGACAGCUUGAGAUUCGGGCCUCACGGUAUGGGGAGUGCGUUCCAAGGCUCUGGCUCCAUGGCUGCUCCGUCUGCUGCAGCAUACACAGCAGCAGCAGAGCGUGCUGCUUGUGCUGAUGCUGCUGCGCCCACCAUGCCUUCGGCCAUGCCGCCUGGGCCCGCGUCUGCUGCUCCCUCUUCUGCAGCAGGCCCGCAUGGCACGUGGCCGGGUGUCAACUGGCAGCACAUGGGAGGGGGAGGAGGGAGUGAGGGGCACCGCCUGCAAUGACCUGACAGUAGCAAUUUAUGCGCCUCAGCUGCAGCAGCAGCAGCAGCAGCAGGAGCAGACGCAGAAGCAGCAGCGGCAGCAGCAGGAGUAGGAGUAGCAGCAGCAGUAGCCGCCAUAGCUAUAACAUGAUCGGCCGCAGCGAAGUCUGACAUUUGACCUGAAGUAUAGGCAGCCAGGGGCAGCAGACAGGCAGGCAGCAGGGUGGCAGCGGCGUGGGUGCGGGCAGCUGUUAGUAGCGCCUGUGGGUAGCUGAUAUAUCCGUAGCGAGUGGGACAGUGGGGCCUAGCCUAACCACUGGUAACAGCACUGAACAGGGCGUGGUGGGUGGGAGCACAUGGCCCUGUGGUCGUCGUUGGUAAUGCCUUGGACCAGGGUGGAAGGGAUUGGAGAUGUGUGGGAUAUGGUGCAAGAGGUUUGUUGCGCAGGAGUCGUUGGGAAGGGGGUGGAGAGAAGGGGGGAGGUGGGUGAAGGGGGUGGAGGGAGGAGGUGAAAAGGGGGGGAGGGGGUGGGGAGAACUGGUGGGCUGAGGGGGGCAAGUGUGGGGUGGAGUGAAGAAGGGGGAAAGGAGUCUGAUGAAUAGUAUUGUCUAUGGGCGGGCGUUGAUUGCUGGUUUGGACAGUCUCACGAGUGUUUUGUGUUGGUGCACAUGUGUGUGGGCGUCACUCAGUGCGUUUUUCUGUGUGGCACUUUGUGCCGUGUGAUGUUACAGCAUGUGUGCAUGUGCGUGUGUGUGAAGUUUCAGCAUGUGUGCGAGCGUGUGUGUGUGAAGUUUCACCAAGAGUUUCCCUGUGUUUCCCCACAACCUGCUCAUUUCCCCAUGCAUGUGCUGGUGCAGGCAUGGACUGGCUCUGCACUUGUUCUGCACUGUCGUUGGUUCAUUGUUGUGUGUUGCAAUAGAGAGUUGUUGAGAGGGGCUUGCUGUUUUGUGGCUUGCAGGUCGGUUUGUGGUUGGUCUCUUGGUCUCGUGGCUUUUGGCCUGGGAGCAGAGGAGUGAGACGAGGAGGGAAUGGGAGUCCUAUGGGGGGUGUUCCUCAUGCAUGUUGGUGGGGGGAAGGGUGGGGGUGUGGUGGGGGGGUGGGGGGGGAGGGGGAGAAGCAGGUUGAGUGAGAGGAUAGUGGUCGGAGGUGUUUGACAUGUCAAGAGGUGUUGGGAGGCCUUUCAGUGCUCUGUGGUUGCUUGGUGGCCAAUUGUAGUGGAAUGGUCGGUUCGUUGAGUGCCAGCCAGCCUUCCUCCUCGUCACAUCCAUCUCAGCAGCAUUGUCACCUUAUUUCACAUUAUUCAUUGCUAUUUGACAUGGGCGCUGACAUCACCAUCAGCAGCAACAUAGGUGCUAGCAGCGUCUCCAAGCUGUUGGCAACGAGUGGCUAGUUCCCUAGCCCUAGCGCCGAGCACCACUUCGGAGCUUGCUUGUCUGAUUGGCCUGGUGCCAUUGAUUGUAUCAGAAUGCCUUGUGGGUGGGACACUUGGGAUGCAGUACUCUGCUGGUGAAGAGAUGGUUAUGGUUAUUAAUUGAUAGGUUGGUUGCUGAUGUAGAGUUUGUCUUUAGUGCUGUUGUCAUGUUUUGUUGUGCAUUGAGAAGAGUGGCUGGUCUUAUUUUGUAUGGCAUUAUUACCUCGCUUAGCGUCUCAUGAUUGCUUAA